AUAUGUGACACGACUUCGUGACAACGACCCAUACAACACCAGAAGAUAUGUCAGCACCGCCGGUAGAUAAAGUUGCAACUUUCAAGUUGGUCGUUGUUGGAGAUGGUGGUGUUGGAAAAUCUGCUCUGACUAUUCAGUUCUUUCAGGGUUUAUUUAUCUCAGACUAUGAUCCUACAAUAGAAGACUCAUACAUCCAACAUACAGAAGUUGAUGGACAGUGGUGUAUAUUGGAUGUGCUCGACACUGCUGGGCAGGAAGAGUUCUCAGCCAUGAGAGAACAGUAUAUGCGUAAAGGAGAUGGCUUUCUUAUCGUCUAUUCCGUGACAGAUCGGCAGAGUUUUGAUAAUCUGAUGCACUUCUACACACAGAUUCUGCGGGUGAAAGAUAGGGAUUCAUAUCCAAUGCUUAUAGUAGCAAACAAGGUUGACUUGGAUCAUCUACGGUCCGUCACAGAAGAACAAGGGAAGGAGUUGGCAGCACAGCUCAAAGUACCUUAUAUAGAGACCAGUGCCAAAGAUCCGCCCCUCAAUGUAGAUGCAGCUUUUAGUGAAGUGGUCAGAAUCAUAAGAACUCAACCUCCCGAAACAGAGAAUAAGAAGCGUAGAGGCCGACGACAUCAUAAAUGUACUAUAUUGUAACAGUGGUGCAAAAUUAGCAUGUAUUGGAUAUCAUUUGUUAUCUUAAUCAUGAUAGCCAUUAGAUAUAACCAAGAGCCCAUCAAUAUAUAGUGCAUACAGUGGGAAAAUAUGAAAACCAUGUCAGAGUUUAAUGUGAUACUAGUAGAGUAAAACAAUAACAGAAUUCGACAAGGGUAUACAACCUAAAUAGUUUUUAUAAUUUCAUAUGGACUAGUGGUUGGUCUUAAUUUCUCCAGCUGUAAAUGGCAGUUAUUACAUUGAUAAUAACUUGUCAAAUUUCCAUAGGUAAUGUAAAGAAAUAUCUUUGAAAUUAAGACAGUGUUUUCAUAUUUUAUCAUUAUAUGCUCUAGAUAAUUUAUUAGGUCUAGAUAUAACUGUAUUUUUACAUUGCGUGAAAUUAUUGAGAAUUCUUAUUUUGUUUUCUGUGUAAGCAUUGGCACUAGAUUUGGUAAUGCUUGACCAGUGAUCUCAGCUCAAGCACAUUGCAAAAGCUCAUGUGUUCAGUGUUAAUGUGAUGUGAAAUUGUUGAUUGCUUAGACAUGGUUACACUGCAUCUGCACCCUCAGGGCUAAUGUGACCUUCACCUUUACUACCCGAAUUAAUGGCGCAAUUUUAGCAUCUCUGAGUGUUCCACUUUUUUGAAGUGAGGUUUAAUGAAAUUUACAAAAAAACGUGUGUUCUACUAGUUUGUGAAUUGGUUUUAUCAUAAUUUGCGUGGCAGAGUAUAAUAUUGAGAGCAGUGCCACUGAUGUUGGAUGCAAUUGGUUCUUUUAAGAACCUGGACUAUCAGAAUAAAAAAUACAGAGCUAUGAAACAUUCAUUCUGUAGACACACUACUCAUAGUCAUAAUAAAGCCUGCCAUGCAAUAUUCAAAAGGCUAGCUAGCCUAGGCUAAAGUAUAGGAAAUUAUUUUAUGUAUUAUUUGCAGAUAAAAAAAUGGGAGAGCUCCCAAAGUAACAUUUUUGUCCUUUUUUGCCAUAUUUUGACAGUGUUUCCCUACUCCUGUCCUAGUUUUUAUAACAAUCACUGUCCUACUUUUAUACUACUUCCUCACCUUGGUAAUUUAGAAAAACUGCAAUUCAUAUUGCUGUUUGUAUGCGACAUCAGUGGUGAAUGUCACAUGAGGUCCAAUUGCACAUCAUUAUCUAUCUAUCUUGUUUUCUUCAAACUUGAUGACGUCUAUUGAUGGGAGCCAUAUUCACGUUGAAAAUUGUUUAAUAUAAUGGGUUUCUUGUGAAUUGAGAGUAAGAUUGAUGCGUUAAAAAAUCAGCAUUUAUCACAAAAUCAUUUAAAAUGGUAUAUUCCCGCAUAUAAAAAAUCUCUGUGUGAAGUGCAACUAAAGUGAUAACGACUGAAUCUAGGGAGUUUAUAUGUACUUUUUAUGAAAUGUUUAGUUUUAAUUGCCUUCAUAUAAAUUCUUCUUAUAUAGUAGUGUUUGUAUAUAUCCAGUUGUAAGUUUUGAAAAUAUUCAGAAUGUCAUGGCCCGUCAUCAGUCGUCAUGCACACAGCUGUAAAUCAAAGGUAGAUGUUUACUGGCGCUCAUAGGCUCUAUGUCCCCCAGGGUACUGCCGGAACGUACCCUGGGUACAGUCCGGUAUACCGGAACGUACCCUGGUAACUA